AUCACCAUCUACCAUCUCGACUCGUUUCCAGCUCAUCGCUCAUAGACGAAAAUCUCAACAAGUUCUCAUACACUUUGUUCUUUUCCUUCAUCCACGCAUAAUAUGUCCAAUGGAAUUGUAAACGGUACCGGUCUGGAGAACCAGUUUGCCAACCUCGGUAUCGCAAAAUCAGCUUAUGUCCCUCCUCACAUGAGGGGAGCUCCGCAGAGCUCACCGCGGGCCGUCUCUGCCAGCAUUGUCCCCCCGAACGGGAACGGCUGGACUGAUUCCCGUUCUUCCACUCCUUCUUCGCGCGGCGGUUUCGAACCCAGAGGCGGUGGAGGUUUCAACCGUAGCGUCAGCUCGCGCGGUGGUGGCGGUGGAGGCUGGGGCGAUCGUCCCCAAACCAACGGCCCCCGCGGUGGAGGUGACGGCCCCCGUGAGUCCUUCGGCUACGGUGUCUGGAAGGACGGCAAACACGUUGCGGGUGGUCGCAAUGUCCGCAUGGAGAAGGAGCUCUACGGAGAGGAGAACGACCCUUCGAAGCAGCACACCGGUAUCAACUUCGAAAAGUACGACGACAUCCCCGUCGAGGCUACCGGAGCUGGUGUGCCUGAACCCGUGACGGUCUUCACGUCCCCGCCCCUGGAUCCGGUGCUUCUCGAGAACAUCAGUUACGCUCGUUACACGACCCCGACGCCCGUUCAAAAGUAUUCGAUUCCGAUCGUCGCCGCAGGCAGAGACCUGAUGGCUUGUGCUCAGACGGGUUCUGGGAAAACUGGUGGUUUCCUUUUCCCUAUUCUUUCCGCCUCCUUCACGAACGGACCUCGUGCACCCCCCGCGGACUUGCAGCCUAGCAUGGGCUACAGCCGUGGACGCAAGGCCUACCCCACUGGUCUUAUCCUCGCCCCUACGCGUGAGCUGGUCAGCCAAAUCCACGAGGAGGCCCGCAAGUUCUGCUACCGCUCCUGGGUCCGCCCUGCGGUAGUUUACGGCGGUGCUGACAUCAACCAGCAGCUGCGGCUGAUCGAGCGCGGCUGCGACUUGCUUAGCGCUACUCCUGGUCGCCUCGUGGAUCUGAUCGAGCGUGGGCGUAUCAGCCUUGCCAACGUGCGCUACCUUGUCUUGGACGAGGCAGACCGCAUGCUCGACAUGGGUUUCGAGCCCCAGAUCCGCCGGAUCGUCCAGGGCGAGGACAUGCCGGGCGUACAGGAGCGCCAGACGCUCAUGUUCUCAGCCACGUUCCCUCGCGACAUCCAGAUGCUUGCCCGGGACUUCAUGAAGGACUACGUCUUCCUGUCUGUCGGACGUGUCGGCUCUACCUCCGAGAACAUCACCCAGAGGGUCGAAUACGUCGAGGACGCCGACAAGCGCUCUGUCCUCCUCGAUGUCUUGCAGGCAAACAGCACUGGCCUUACACUCGUCUUCGUCGAGACCAAGCGUAUGGCUGAUAUGCUGUCGGACUUCCUCCUCGGGAACAACAUGCCCGCGACCUCCAUCCACGGAGACCGUACUCAACGCGAGCGUGAGAUGGCCCUCCAAACCUUCAAGACUGGCCGUACCCCGAUUCUUGUCGCAACUGCCGUCGCUGCCCGUGGUCUCGAUAUCCCCAAUGUCACCCACGUCAUCAACUACGACUUGCCGUCCGACAUCGAUGACUACGUGCAUCGUAUCGGUCGUACCGGUCGUGCGGGUAACACCGGCAUUGCGACUGCCUUCUUCAACCGUGGCAACCGCAACAUCGUUCGCGACAUGCUCGAGCUGCUUCGCGAGGCCAACCAAGAGGUUCCUGGCUGGCUCGAGACCGUGGCUGCAGAAUCUACGUUCGGCGGCGGCGGAUACCGCGGCGGCCGUGGUCGCGGCGGAGGCCGUGGCCGUGGAGGAGGCGGCCGCGACGUCCGCACGGGUGGCGGAGGUUACGGCGGCAGCCGCGGGGGAGCUAGCUUUGGCGGUCCUCAGUACGGUGGCAGCGGCGGUGGCGGAGGAGGCUACGGUGGCGGCUACGGCGGUGGCGGAGGCGGAGGAGGUGGAGGCAGCUGGUGGUAAAUUCCCCCGGCCGCACAACGACUUCCCCGACGGCGCCCUUCCAGGCACCUUGACCCUGUUUCACCCCGUUCUUGACCCAGCAUCCUCGCCCCGACGUCUGAUUUAUGCCACGUUCUUAUGCCGACCCAUGCAACGACUUCGCCUCAAGCCCUGAUCUCAUACUAUUCCGCGUACUACCAUUCACGUUCGGUCCCCACCAUGCGCUGCUCUCACAACUCUCACGCUCUCGGUCUCGUUGCAACAUCUGCUCAUCGUCUAUCGUACGGCCCUACUAAUCCGUCCCGUCUGUUUCAAUACUCAGGCGUGAUCCGCCAUAUCCUUAUUGCAGCAUCACCCCCCAUAGAGGUUGUUCGGGGCCCAUCAGCAUGAGCAGAGCUAAUGUCUUCCUUCGUUUCGCGAUACCCUGACUUAUUGCGACGCGCAGUCGGACAUUUACCUAUAUCCUAGUAGCAUCACGAGACAAUCUGUUAGAGCAUCGCACACCUUGUACCGUAGUAGCAUCUUUUCCUCUCGAGGCACCACUAGUCGUUGUAAAUACAUGGGUCUGAAAAAUUGUCUCCCC